AUGAAAUCCACACUUAUACUGGCAGCCCGCGCUGCUAAACAAUUCCGUAUGUGGAUGCCGAGUAUGCCACUGACAAUGGUAUCGGCCCGUAGCGCUACCGCGAACGGGCCUGCUUUUGCUAUUUUUCGAACCGUUCCCCGAAUGACGAAACACGAAAUUAAGGAAUAUUUGACGAAAAUCUAUGAUUUACCCGUCAAGAAGGUCAACACAAUGAAUUAUGAGGGCAAACGCAAGCGCCUCAUCAGUAAUUCAGGUAUCGCAUACUUUAAAUACAAGAAUUUUAAGAAGGCGGUCGUAACGUUUGACGAUUCCCUACAAGACGUGGGCCUCGGUAUGCAGAUACCGGAGUUGGAAGAGCAAGACGAAUCAACCCUGGACUACGCGCAAGAUAUGGGUCUGCCUAGGAGAAUUGGGAGUUAA